UUCUCGAGGCCUCGACUAGUACCAGUGGCAAGUGGUACGAAGAGGUCAUCGCCUCCGACUCCGGCGCUGACUGCCGCCGCGCGCCCCGCCCCGGGCUCGGCCCGACGUCGCCGGGAGAAAUGCAGGAUUACCUCAAGACGUUGGUUCCGUCGCAGCUGAUGGCCGAGCUCGGCGCCAACCUCGUCGUCAUCAACCCUGGAUCUGCAAAUGUGCGCAUGGGGUUUGCGAGUCAGGAUGUCCCAUUCAACAUACCACACUGCAUUGCGCGGCAUAUCACUCAGCGGAAUGAUGAUAGACCAAGGCUUUCUGUGCGAGACAAGACGCUCAACUGUCGUGCAACUCCAUCGCUGAAUGCUGAGCGGGAGAGGGCAUAUGAUAUUAUUGCAUCAUUGCUCAAAAUACCCUUUUUGGAUGAAGAUAUGCCUUCAGCGAGCCAAGCAUUACCUCCUAAGAUGGGACGUGUUGAUGCCCUUUCUUCACAGCAAAGCAAAGAUGAUAGUAAAUUCACAUGGACAGAUGUAAUGGACAGAAGUAUUAAAUCAUCCACAUCAGUUGAAAUGCCAGUUGACAAGGAUGCUGAUGUGGAUCCCCUGCAAAGAUCAUCUCCUGAUGGUAGUGACCAUGAUUCUGAAGAAAUCAUGUAUAAAGAAAUGAUAUUUGGAGAGGAUGCUUUGAAAAUCCCUCCUUCUGAGUCAUACUGCCUGAGUCACCCAAUCAGGAGAGGACAUUUCAACAUCUCCCAGGAUUAUUCAUUACAUCAGGUUUUAGAAGAUUUACGCACUAUUUGGAACUGGAUACUGACAGAAAAAUUGCAUAUUAAUCCAAGAGAUAGGCAUAUAUAUUCUGCAAUUCUUGUUCUCGGGGAGACAUUUGAUAACCGAGAAAUCAAAGAAUUGUUGUCAAUUGUGCUCUGUGAUUUGGGAUUUAGCACUGCAGUGGUUCAUCAGGAAGCUCUAGCUGCAGCAUUUGGAAAUGGUUUGUCAACAGCUUGUGUGGUCAACAUUGGUGCUCAAGUUACACAAGUAGUUUGUGUUGAGGAUGGUGUUGCUUUACCCCACACAGCUUUGGCACUUCCAUACGGUGGAGCUGACAUAUCUAGAUGCCUUCUUUGGGUUCAACAUCGUCACCGCACAUGGCCGAACUUCGAAACUGAUCCAGUGAACAAACCUAUAGAUAUGCUAAUGCUCAACAAAAUAAAAGAGUCAUACAGCCAGAUAAGAAGCGGGAGUAUUGAUGCUGUUACGCUUGUUCAUUCAUAUGAGCAUGAAAAAUCUGUUGGACAUCAGAAGACAAACCUAUCAGCUCUGAAUGUACCUCCUAUGGGCCUACUUUAUCCAAGGGUUCUUGUCCCAGAAGAAUACCCUCCACCUCCUCGAUCAUGGUUCCAAGAUUAUGAUGACAUGCUAGAAGAGACAUGGCAAACAAAUGAUAGUCUUUAUUCAAGUGGGAAUGGUGGGUUCAGCAUGUGGGACAGUUAUCCAAUGUUUCCCACCCGAUUAAAAAAGUUUGAAAACAUCGGGCUUGUAGAAGCCAUUGUUAGUAGUAUCCUUUCAACAGGACGUAUUGAGCUUCAAAGGAAGCUGUUCUGCAGUAUUCAACUGGUUGGUGGCACAGCUUCAACACCAGGCCUUGCACCAGUUCUAGAACAAAGGGUUCUCAAUACUAUCCCAUCAAAUCAACCGAUAGAAAAGGCAGAGGUAUUACAGUCGAGGAGUUAUCCAUUAUUUGUCCCAUGGAAAGGUGGUGUGAUAUUGGGUGUCCUUGAUAUUGGUCGUGAUGCUUGGAUACAUAGAGAAGAUUGGGCAAAAAAUGGUGUCCACAUAGGGAGUGGGAGAAAAUAUAAGGAUUCCUAUUUUCUUCAGGCCCAGGCAAUGUGCUACUACAAUACAUAACGGGCAAGUUUUCUGAAGACACUAUUUGGACGUAGGUUGAAUUGGCUGCGCAUUGUGGUGGAAACUGCAAACCUUGGAUAUACCAGAAGAUUCAUCAAGAACAGGCUCACAUAUUGUUUGUCCCAUAAGUUAGAAGUAGCGUUGCAUGGUGGACAUCUUUUUCACAGUAAUUCCCUAACCAUUAGCUUGUAUAGCCACAUGAGGGUGCACCUGAAUGAGAGCGUGUAGGCAUGCUCUGCGCGGUAUGGAGUUUUAUGCCUUGCAUAAGUUGCAUCUGUUAGUGCAGACGUGAUUGUCUGUCAUGUAAUUUGAAUGAUUUUUUAAAACCAUAAAUUGUCCACCAAUCCAACAGUUGAAAUGAAUUACCCCCAUUCAAACAACAAUUUUAUGUGGAUGGUCUAGGUCUUCGUAGCAUAAAUCCUAACACAAAAGACAAUCUUGAGGUCACCAACAGAAGAACAUCAACAGAAAAGAGGUCCAACAAUGAAAUCUUUGGUGUUCUGCUGCUCUUUAGAAACCAAUUUUGCUGCCUGUA